GAAGUGACGUUAUUUCACAUCCGCCUCAGUCAAGGGCAUUGAAAACUGCCGUGAAAUAAAGUUAGCAUUAGCUGUUUGCACGUGUAGCUGAUAUAUUUCUUACAAAGUCACAGUUUUAAGUAGAACACCGAUAAAAAUGGACGGGUUUGGUUCAGACUUCUCAGCAGGAGGUUCCGGCGGGAAGAUGGACACGAGUACCAUCAUGGAGCAGGUUAAGGUCCAAAUAGCGGUGGCUAACGCGCAAGAGCUUCUGCAGAGAAUGACCGAUAAAUGCUUCAAGAAGUGUAUAGGUAAACCAGGGAGCUCCUUGGACAACUCUGAACAGAAAUGUAUUGCCAUGUGUAUGGACCGAUAUAUGGAUGCCUGGAACACAGUGUCUCGGACAUACAACUCCAGGUUGCAGAGGGAAAGAGCUCGCAUGUGAUGAUUAUUUUCCCUUUCAUCAAGCUGCUGCUGAUUAUAAAGACCAGCACGUUGCAACCCUGGAGGCCCAGAACUGUGGACACAGGUGUAUGAUGGCAGCUGCACGACAUCUUUGUGUCAUAAACCAUCUCACAUGGACAGGAAGGCAGACGGGGCCUGUGGACUUCAAGCUGUAACAAUGUCUGUGGACAUUUUAAAAUUGUGCUCUAAGAAUCAGAUCAUCAAUAAAGUAUAAUUAUUUGUAUCUUC